AUGUUCAUCAAUUUAUGUAUGUAUACAACUAGACCGUCUCUGUCCGGUCCAGCUAGUAUUGCGAUCAAAACGGAUUGGACGAAGAAGUGCUGGAAAAACCCGGGAGAGAUCAGGAGCAGGAACUUGCGCAAGCAGAGAAUGGUUUCUGUUGGAGAGAGAACAAUGGAAGCGAUGGAGAACAGUCUCUUCUUUGCUGGCAGAGGAGGCCGGCGAAAACUGGAGGCUAUGGAGAAAUACGAGAAACUUGCAAAAAUAGGAGAAGGUUCAUACGGUGUGGUGUAUAAGUGCAGGAAUAGAGAAAACGGGCAGAUAGUGGCCAUAAAAAAGUUUGUGGAGACCGAGGACGACCCACAGAUCAAGAAAAUUGCUUUGCGGGAGAUACGAAUGCUAAAGCAACUGAAACAUCCAAACCUCGUAUCUCUACUGGAAGUAUUCAAACGCAAUCGCAAGCUGCAUCUGGUGUUUGAACAUUGUGACCGGACAGUACUGCACGACUUGGAGAAAUACCCGAACGGUGUUCCAGAUGAAUUGACGAAGAAGAUCACUUGGCAACUACUGGAAGCUCUACGGUUUUGUCAUGCACACAAAUGUAUACAUCGGGACGUCAAACCGGAAAACAUCCUCUUGACAAAGAAUGACGUUGUAAAAUUGGCUGAUUUUGGAUUUGCACGGAUAAUUAAUCCUCAAGAAAUGUACACUGACUAUGUUGCUACACGAUGGUAUCGAAGUCCAGAACUUCUUGUUGGUGAUACGGUCUACGGUCCGCCAGUGGACAUAUGGGCAGUCGGUUGUGUGCUAGCAGAACUUAUAACUGGUGAAGCUCUUUGGCCUGGAAGGAGCGAUAUAGACCAGUUAUAUCUUAUCAGAAAAACAAUAGGUGAGCUUCUUCCCAGACAUAUGUCUGUGUUCCGCUCGAAUCAGUUCUUCUUUGGUUUAUCGAUACCGGAACCUGAACAACAGGAACCACUUCCGUUGCGUUUACCAAACGCCACAAGUGUUCAGCUUGACUUCUUAUAUAAAUGUUUUGAAAUGAGCCCUGAUCGACGAUGGAGUGCGGCAGAGCUACUACAGCACAGCUACUUUGCCGGUUGGCAGCUACGUUUGCGGCAGGAAGAAAUUACUCCACCCAUGAACAAGAAGCAGACCACUUCUAAUUAUCUGCCAUAUUUAAAUGCUGCAACAACUUUGAAACAGCAAAAUUCUCAAAUGACGAAUAACAACCGAAGCUACUUACCUACGAUAUAACAAUUUUGGCUUUGUAAACCCCUGGUGUUUAAUAAAUACUUUACAUUUCCCUUUGUUGCUCAGAAACUAACCUUUGAUAUUGGC